AUGCAUCCGAUAAAUGCGAUCAUGAUGACUCGGAUGCUGACUCGCAACUCGGGCCUCGAAUCGGGGAUGGGCGCCAUCCCCUUCGGAUCCGCCUGGUGGUUCAUUUACGCCGGCCUCUCCUGUUUCUUCGUCAUCUUCGCCGGUAUAAUGUCCGGCCUAACCCUAGGCCUCAUGUCCCUCGGCCUCGUCGAGCUCGAGAUUCUGCAGCGCAGCGGCUCCCCCACCGAGAAGAAACAAGCAGCUGUUAUAUUGCCUGUGGUUCAGAAGCAGCAUCAGCUGCUCGUCACUUUGCUACUGUGUAAUGCGGCUGCUAUGGAGGCCCUUCCGAUAUAUUUGGAUAAACUUUUCAAUCAGUAUGUUGCUAUAAUUCUCUCUGUGACUUUUGUCCUGUUUUUUGGAGAGGUUAUUCCACAAGCAAUAUGUACUAGAUACGGACUCGCUGUAGGUUCAAACUUUGUGUGGCUUGUGAGGAUUUUAAUGGUGGUUUGCUAUCCAAUUGCUUAUCCAAUUGGCAAGAUCUUGGACUGUGUUCUUGGGCAUAAUGAAGCAUUAUUUAGGCGAGCUCAGUUAAAAGCCCUUGUCAACAUCCACAGCCAGGAGGAGGGCAAGGGAGGUGAGCUUACGCACGAUGAGACAACGAUAAUUAGUGGAGCACUUGAUUUAACUGAAAAGACGGCUGAGGAGGCUAUGACUCCUAUUGAAUCAACAUUUUCCUUAGAUGUCAAUUCAAAAUUGGACUGGGAAGCAAUGGGGAAAGUUCUUGCUCGGGGACAUAGCCGAGUUCCUGUCUAUUCUGGGAACCCAAAGAAUAUUAUUGGACUUCUGCUGGUGAAAAGUCUUCUCACUGUACGACCUGAAACAGAGACCCCAGUUAGUGCUGUUUCCAUCCGUAGAAUUCCACGAGUUCCUGCAGAUAUGCCACUGUAUGAUAUACUGAAUGAGUUUCAAAAGGGCAGCAGUCAUAUGGCUGCUGUGGUGAAGCCUAAAACGAAAAGUAAGGCUCCUCUACCAACCAUUGACGGCGAGAAAGAUGAAGGGAACGGAGACACUGGCACAGACUUCCAACUGACUACUCCUUUGCUAUCCAAGCAGGAUGGAAAGCCGGACAGUGUUGUUGUUGAUAUACCCAGGCUACCAAGGCCCCAUAGUCAUAGACACAAGGAAACUUUUUCAUCCCAUAGUGAUGGAGCAACAAAUGGAUUGCCCCAGGUAUCAGAGGAUAUCGAGGAGGGUGAAGUCAUUGGGAUUAUCACUCUGGAAGAUGUAUUUGAAGAACUCCUGCAGGAGGAGAUUGUGGAUGAAACAGAUGAAUAUGUUGAUGUACAUAAAAGAAUACGUGUCGCUGCAGCUGCAGCUGCUUCAUCAGUGGCACGGGCUCCAUCACUUCGGAGGUUAAAUGUGAACAAGGGACCUGCCACUGGACAAAAUGUAGGCCAAAAAGUAAGCAAGGACUAACCCUGAAGAAGUCUGCUGAUGGUCGGUCCUCGGCAACGUUGCAAGGGACUUCUGGUAAACCACUUGUUGAAAAUAAGAGAUGAUUCAUCUAGUUCAUUCGUCAUUUCCUGAUGCGGUUGCUCCUCAGGGAAGUGGCUUUGACUUGCAUCUACAAAAGUUAUCUAUUUGUUUUUCAUUUUGUUCUCCAUUAGAUUGGAUAGGAGGAUAUGAUUAUAAGUUUAGUACCAUGUUAAUUAUUUAAACUCGUUUUUCAGUUCAUGUUAUAUCGAUAGGUUCGAGCUGUCUCUUUGGCUGGCACUACCUUUUGUUUCGUAAACGACGGUAUAUGGAAAAUAGUCGAUAACAAGUGAUGUUUUCCGAGUGUUAAUUAUACAAGGUUUUGUACGCACGAUUCUUUCUACUUUGCUAGUUUACAGAAAUAUUCAAAUCUGUACAAUAAGAAGUGAAUGAGUGAAAGACAGUUUGUUCGA